CAAUUACAAUUACAUUUACACAGAGCUAUCAAGUUCUGAUAAGCAGAGAAAAAGAAGUUAAGGGCAAUGGGAGCUAAAGGAAGCAAGUUAAGUAAAUGGGUUGGUGCUGGCAGUGCUCAGAAGCACAUAGAAGGUCCUCUGUUGCUGGCUCCUAAAGGCUAUGUUCCAAUUUGUGUUGGCACAAAUGAGGACACUUGCAUGCGAUUUAUUGUUCACAUAAAAGCACUUCGUGAUGCAUUUUUCUGCGAGCUUCUAGGUAGGACUGCAGAAGAAUAUGGGUUCAUGAAUGAAGGAGUUCUCAGGAUUCCAUUCGAAGCCCAAGCAUUUGAAGAGUGGUUUAUCACAAACUCCAGUAGAAAGCUUAAAAUUAAGAUUAGGAGGGUAGUGGCAAAUUAGAGACAUUCAGUUUUCCUUCUUGUCCUAUGGUUUUUGUUCAAAGUAGUUACAUGUGGGUACUGGUAGCCACUUGUAAAUGGUUUUGUAUUCAUUCUUUAACAGGAUAUUGUUACUGUA